AAGAAAAUAUGGUCACGCUGUUGGGCACGCUUUCAUAACAACCAGACAGCUGGUUUAUAAUUGGUUUUGUAUUGAUAUUUGUGAAAUAAAAUGAAUUCUUUGAAACUCCUCUCACCGCUGCAAUUAAGCGUAACUGCAGUGCGCAGCUAUGGCAAACACAACAAAAAAUUCUUGUAUAAAGAUGGUAAGAAAUACGAGAAUGUUAUUUACUAUCCCAGAACACCCGAUCAUCAGGAUCCACCCAUUGAGCCCGCCAAGCUUUUUCGCGUUCAACGCAUUAAGCCAGUAAAAGGCAAUCCGUAUUGGGAGAAACGUUUGCUCAAAGAUCUCGGCUUGGAUGGCAAACAAGGUGAUUUUGCUGUCGUCAAGAAUAUACCCGAAAAUAAUGCGCGACUAUGGAAGAUCAAGCACUUGAUCAAAGUGACACCCAUCACAUUCCCAUACGGCGAACCCACAGAGCAUGAUAUCAAGCACACCAUACUCAAGGAGAAUGGCGAAUGCCUGGUGACCAAGGACAUUGGAGCGGUCGAGGUGCGCCUGGAGGCACGCGAUCACUUUGAUCAGCAGCCAAAACGCCUGGACACCGAACUGCUGCGCAAGGAUUCCCGUCUCAAAUGGCUGAAUCCCUGGUAAUAUGCUAAAAGUACCAACAGCCUAAUGUAUUGUUUUUUAUUUAAUGUUCAAAACAAGAAAAAAAAUGUACAAAAUAAAAAUGUAAAAGGCAUUGAUAUGCUAAAA